GCGACCCCCAUUCCCCGCGAGCACCGCGGCGGUGCCGGCCAUGGAGUAAGGAGGAGGCGGCGUGGGAAGAGGAAGAUGGCGGCGGGCAAGAGCGGCGGCAGCGCUGGGCAGGCUGUUUUUCUGGAAGCUUUGGCUAGAUCAGAAUCUAAGAGAGAUGGAGGUUUUAAAAAUAAUUGGAGCUUUGAUCAUGAAGAAGAAAGUGAAGGAGAUGCAGAUAAAGAUGGAGCAAAUCUGCUCAGUGUAGAAGAUGAGGACUCUGAAACCUCAAAAGGAAAAAAGUUAAAUCGGAGAUCUGAAAUUGUUGCUACUAGCUCUGGUGAUUUCAUCUUGAAGACUUAUGUAAGACGAAGCAAGACUGACAGUUUUAAAACUUUGAAAGGCAACCCAGUUGGACUUAACAUGUUAAGCAACAAUAAGAAACUGAGUGAAAAUACCCAAGCUACAACAUUGUGUUCGGGGACUGUAGUUCAUGGCAGACGCUUCCAUCAUGCUCACGCACAGAUACCAGGUGUCAAAACUGCGGCUCAGAGCAAUCAGGACCGAAAUGAAAGGAAAGAAUAUCCACCUCAUGUCCAAAAAGCUGAAAACAACCCUGAAAUGUUAAGUCAUGUCCAAGGUGUAGACCGCAUAAUGAAGAGAACAGAAGAGUCGGAAUCCUAUGUAGAGCCUGAAAUUAAGAGGAAAGUACAGCAGAAACGGCAUUGUAGUACUUAUCAGCUAUCUCCACUGUCCCCUGCCUCAAAGAAGUAUUUGACCCAUUUAGAGGUAUCUGAACAGCGUGAAUGUUGCCCAAAAUGUGGAAAAGAAAAAGAAAAUCAGACUAAAUGCCAAAGUUGUGGUAUUGUUUUUCAUAAUGAUUUGCAAAGAAAUUGCAGACAAGGUAUAACUUUGCAUGAAUCCACUGGACCAUUACUAAGAACAUCAAUUCAUCAGAACUCUGGAGGACAGAAGUCACAAACCACAGGAUUAACAGCUAAGAAGUUUUAUGGUAACAGUGUGGAAAAGAUUCCAGUUGAUAUUUUGGUGACUUGUGAUGCUAGUAGACAUAAUUACAUACAGACUAACGGAAAAGUCAUUUUACCUGGGGGGAAAAUACCUAAAAUCACAAGCCUGAAAGAACGAAAGACAAGCGUGUCAGAUCUAAAUGAUCCAAUCAUUUUGUCAAGUGAUGAUGACGACGAUGACAGGACUAACAGAAGAGAAAGCAUAUCCCCACAGCCUGCCGACUCGGCAUGUUCUUCCCCAGCACCGUCUACUGGAAAAGUGGAAGCUGCGCUAAAUGCAAAUGUUUGCAGAGCAGAGCAGGAAUCUAGAAGCAAUCCAGCAGACUCGGAGUUAAAUACAGUUGUCAUACCAAGAAAAGCAAGAAUGAAGGACCAGCUUGGCAAUCCCAUCAGCACACCUCUAAAACGUCGUAAAAUAAACACUCAUGGAACUUUAAUUCACGCUAUGUCACCGCCACACUGCCAAGACUUUGAAAGUGUCAUUUUAAACUGCCGAAGUAUACGAGUCGGAACACUCUUCCGACUUUUAGUUGAGCCUGUGAUUUUUUCUUUAGAGUCAGUCAAGAUACAUCUAGAUGGACCAGAAAGUGAUCCUGUAGAGAUUGUUUUAAAUACCUCUGAUCUAACUAAAUGUGAAUGGUGUAAUGUCCGGAAAUUACCAGUAGUGUUUCUCCAGGCAGUACCACCAAUUUAUCAAAAGUUGAGCAUGCAGCUGCAAAUGAAUAAAGAAGAGAAAGUUUGGAAUGAUUAUAAAGGAAUGAACAGGUUAACAAGUUUAGAAGAACAGUACAUUAUUUUAAUUUUUCAAACUGGCCUUGAUCCUCAGGCAAAUGUGGUCUUUGAAAGUAUCAUUACUGACAUUGGUAUAAAGAAUAAUGUUUCCAACUUUUUUGCGAAAAUUCCUUUUGAAGAAGCCAAUAGCAGACUUGUUGCCUGUACAAGAAGCUAUGAAGAGAGCAUCAAAGGAAAUUGUGUGCAAAAAGAGAACAAAGUGAAAACUGUGUCCUUUGAAUCUAAAAUACAACUUAGAAGCAAAAAAGAAUUGCAGUUUUUUGAUGAUGAUGAGGAAGCUGGAGAGAGCCACACCAUCUUCAUUGGCCCUGUAGAAAAAUUGAUAGUGUAUCCACCACCUCCAGCUAAAGGAGGCAUCUCUGUUACCAAUGAGGACCUGCAUUGUCUAAGUGAAGGAGAGUUUUUAAAUGAUGUUAUUAUCGACUUUUAUUUGAAAUACUUGGUGCUUGAAAAACUGAGGAAAGAAGAUGCUGACCGAAUUCAUAUAUUCAGUUCUUUUUUCUAUAAACGCCUUAACCAGAGAGAGAGGAGAAGUGCUGAGACAACUAACCUGUCAAUACAACAAAAACGACAUGGGAGAGUAAAAACAUGGACCCGGCAUGUAGAUAUUUUUGAGAAGGAUUUUAUUUUUGUACCACUUAAUGAAGCUGCACACUGGUUUUUGGCUGUUGUUUGUUUUCCUGGUUUGGAAAAACCAAAAUAUGAACCUAACCCUCAUUACCAUGAAAAUGCAGUCAUGCAAAAAAGUUCAGCUGCACAGGACAGUUGUGUUUCUUCUGCCAGUGAAAUGGACAGUUGUUCACAGACCCCUUCUGCCAAGCCUGUGAUUAAGAAGAUGCUAAACAGAAAGCAUUACUUGACUGUCACUGAGUCCAGUGCUGGACAGGAAGAAAGUGAGCCUUGUUAUCGGAGAAACACAUACACUGUGAAAUGUAGUGUGAAAAAAAAAAAUCAUGCUAUAAGUGAAAAUGAAGACUCAAAUAACAGAGAAUCUGCAUGCCAGGAAGUUACUGAUAGAACUAAAAGUGAGAAUGACCUACAGGAUGAAUGUUUAAAUUCUAUACAUCAUCCAGUGUUUCCUGUUGAUACAGAUGCCUUAAGCAAAAUCAGACUAAACUACGGGGAUCAGUCAGCUGAAGGUGGCAAAAUGCUUGAAGAUGAACUCAUUGACUUCUCAGAGGAUCAGGAUGACCCGGAUGAUAGCAGCGAUGAUGGACUCCUUGCUGAUGAAAACUACACUUCAGAAAUAGGACAGUGGCAUUUAAAGCCUACUGUCUGUAAACAACCUUGUAUCCUACUUAUGGACUCACUCAGAGGCCCAUCUCGGUCAAAUGUUGUCAAAAUACUAAGAGAGUAUUUAGAAGUGGAAUGGGAGGUUAAAAAAGGAAGCAAAAGAAGUUUUUCCAAAGAUGUUAUGAGAGGUUCCAACCCAAAAGUUCCGCAGCAGAACAACUUCAGCGACUGUGGCGUGUACAUACUGCAGUAUGUAGAGAGCUUUUUUGAGAAUCCAAUACUAAAUUUUGAGCUACCUAUGAACUUGGUGAACUGGUUUCCUCCGCCCAGAAUGAAAACAAAAAGAGAAGAGAUCCGAAACAUAAUUCUGCAGCUUCAGGAAGAGCAGAGUAAAGAGAAGAGGCUGCUGAAGGACACUUCCUCCGCAGAAGCAUCCUUAGGGGACGGAGCAGAGCAGUAUGCCAGCAGUGUGUCAGAGUGACCAGGAGACUGGGGCUCGUAACUUCAGAAAUCACAUGGCAUUCGACGUGGGUUAUAGACAGUACAGAGCUGAAGUGCUCAUUACUCAGAGAUUUUGGGAAUGUUAAUGCUGUAAAAAUGUCACAUAAGUAAUUUCCAAAGGAGUAUGUAUUAAGUAAAAGUCUGUAAAUAUGUUAAUGAGGCCAAUUUUUCCAACAUUUAUAAUUAUUUUUUUUCACCUUUAGGAAACCUUUGUUAUGUAUUUUCUGUUAAUAGUACUGAAACUGCAACUUCUAAACUCAAAUAAAUAAACUAUUUAUAGGAGGAAAUGAUUAAUUUGAUAUUCUUUAGUGAACUUGUAUAAUUCCUCAGAGUGCAAUUUUAUUUCAUGGGAAUAUAUAUAAAAGUAUCUGGUUUUUUUUAAUAAAAAAAAAAAAAAAAACCUCUGUUCUAAAAUACUCAAAAAUGUGAAAAUAUAAUUGUCAGAAACAUUUUAAACUAAAAAUGCAGCUUUAUGUGCUUGCAUAACAAGAAAAAUGAACAUCUUUUCAAUUCAUGCUUUCAUGUGUUGAGAGAACCCCCAACUGUAGUAAAUAUUAAAUAUACAUUUACACAAAUACUUAACACAACAUUAAGCAAUCAAAGCCAAUACGCCUUGACUUCUACUCGUAAAAGCGUAACUGCACUGGCAUACACUCUGCGACUCAGGUGAAAACUAUCCUGGCAAGUGCAGCUUGAAUCUCAAAUAUCCAAUAUCCUUUGUAUUUUAUCUUACAGUAUGCUGCAACCUGUAUGAUAGAACUAGUUAAGAAACAGGAAUUCAAAUAGGAAUUUAUUUUUUGUAACUUCUACUAUUUUUUCAUUAUUUUGUUCUCAUUAUUUUUGUAAAGUAGCAGACCUUUUGCUUGCGUUUUUCUGUGUGAAUUGUUUUAAAAGGCAAACAUCUGCUCUUAAGUCGCAUAAUGCAGCAAGAGCUCUUAUUUUGAAUUUUCCAUUUAGGUUGAGAAAAUGUGGGCUUGGGCCUGUAGUUCAGUAAAGUGAAUGCUUAACAAGCUGGAGGCCUCUUGUUUCAAUCCCCAGUAGCAAACAAAAAUACAAAAAUGUGAAGCUUUUGAUGCCACAUUUGUGAUUCAAAGAGGUCUCACUUGUAUAUGUAGCAACUAUUGUUUUCUCAAAUGAAUGGUAUCUAUUUCUUCCAAAUUACAUGUAAAACUUAAAAUAUGUGUUUUAAGUUAUUUUUGUUAGUGACUUUUUAAAUGCCCACAUAACAAAAAAAAAGUGAUAAUAAAAGGCCAUUUUAUCAUCAGAUAUUUUAUUUCUAAAGUGGCCAUAUCUGGCACUGUGAGCCACAAUUUAGACUGUUAAUGAGUUUAGUAAAAUGUUGGGAAAGUUUGGACUGAGUGAGAAUAUUUACAAAAAAACUUAAUGAGACUCUACUGACAAAAAGUGCAAGGAAAGUCACCAUUAUUAGGGCUAUCAAUUAUGUAUUUCUUUUUUUACUUUGGCCUAGCUAAACUUGCUUAUUUCUGAUUAUUUCUUUUUAGUAAGACUUUGCAACUGCUAGACCAUAUAAUUAGCUCAGAUAUGUAAGACAAGAGUUUUCUAAAAUUUUAUUUCUAACUGAAAAAACAAAAUGUUUUUCUUCUUUAGUGAAGACCAAAACAAACAAACAAACAAAGCAAUUAAAGGGAAAAAAACCUUAAUAGAAAGCAUAAACAAUAUUUGCAGACUUUAAAAUAAACUCUAUUUUGCCAAAAUUCAAGGGACCUGGAAAAGUUACUGGAAGGACCAGGUAUACUGGCACAUGCCAGUUAAUGCCAACUGCUCAGGGGCUGAGGUACUUGACCACUUAAGCCUGAGCCUGUUCAAGGUCAGCCUGAAAUAUGGUGAGACACUGUCUCAAACUAAACAAAGUAUCCUAAAAUGCUUAUGGUGUUUUUGUUUGACUCUCAAUAGCUAUAUUUUAUAGUGUUAGAUAACUUGAUAAAGUAAAAUUACAGCUUGUCCCUAGGGCUAAUUCUGUUUUAUAUUCUUAGUUUUAACAUGAACAAUAAGGAUUGUAUAAAUAGUUUAAAGUGGAAAGCUACCUUUAAAAUGUGUGAUUAGUACAAGCUGUGCUACAGAACUUUGCAGAAGUCUGUCAUUUGACACCAGAGCUGCAUGAGGAUAUCUGGUGACUUCACUAAUUAGAUAGAGCUGCUGUAUUGGUUUUCUUGUUGGAUAGAAUAACAGUUAAUCAUUUUUAGACGAGUUUUAGAUUACUUGCCAUAAAAUUUGUAUGUGUCUGAGCUCCUGGUAGUUUAGGAGGAAAGGUGGUGUUUAACCAGUCUCGUCCCUUUGGCAUCACUGACUUGCUUUCUUUAGACAGCCAAGAACAUGAUGGAGUUACUUCAGUUCCACUCAAACCUGAAACAGUUAGCUUUUCUUUGCAUGCAGCUUGUGCUUAACUGAGUCAAUUAAAUGUAGAAGGUUUUAUUUGAAAGCAUAAAAUGAUUUCCAUUGUGUUUUGUCUCUAAAAGGAAUUAAGUAAUUUUCUGUGAAGCCUAUUUGUAAUCUCUGAAGAUUGUAUGGAGAUAGAAAGUGUUAAAUAGAAUAACAGUUCUCUCAAAAUUAUUGGUAAGAUUCAGACGGUUCACUGAGUAUGUUUUAACCAGAAGUUGGUGGAAUGAUCUACCUGUAGGAGAGACAUUACUCUUUAAGUGAUGAGGCAGGGUGGCAUUUGUUUUAGAGCAAGUCGUUAUCAGAGCUGCUGUGUGGAAGAGGGCGUACUGCAGAGUAGCAAUUCCAUGUCCAGGAUCGCCCGUGGAGAACACAGGACUUUCUCCACAGGAUUUCUCAAAGUCUUUAGUGUGGUGAUGAAUGUGUAGGAUUAUCAAGUAAAAUUAUAGACCACUACAUAUAAUGUGGCCAUGUCUUCCAUUCCCAGAACUUCUGGAAUGAACAACUUAAGAAUGUUUUGUGAACUGAACUUCAAGAGAAGAUGGUUUUGAAACUGAUCUGAGGGUUUAAGAACAAUUUUUUCAAUAGUUAAAUUUAUUACUUAGGAUUUUGAAAAUAAGUAGCUGGGCACUGGCAAAAUAAAGUUUUAUGAGAAGCUUUUUUAAAAAAACCAUUAUGAAAAUAACCUUUGUAAGGAAAAGGUAACAAAUUAAUUUUUUCACAUUAAUGAGUUCAUUUAGGGAAGAGAGAAUUGAUGAUACAUAAUUUUUUGUAAAAUCAUCAAAUCACAACAAAUAUGAAAGUAGAAAUUCUGGAAAAAUACUGAAGUGAAUUGAAAGUCUGUUUGGAGGUGUUUCCUUCUGUCUGAACCUCUUAUUGCUGGGUUGAACUUCCCUCUGACUUCCCGCCCCCCAUUUUUUAUAUUAGAACUAAAUUGUAAUUGGUGAACUUCAUACCUAAAGACAUGUUUUCUUCCAUCAAAAUCUGUGCAGAAAAGUAUUCUUUUGUAAACUGGAAUAGUUUUAUUAACAUACUGAUAUUUUAAACUUGUCUUACUGAAAGUUGUUCAAAUGUAUAAUAAAACAUGUUAUCAUAAUUAGCUUUAUACAGGUAACAAGACUUUAGUUAGAUUUUAAAAGUCUUUAAACAUUCACUGUUUUGAGUACCUAGUACGUAGUAGAGGACUAAAUAGACACCAUCUUCCUGCUUCACAGUGUGGUGGGAAACAACAUUAAUUGGCUUCAUAACUGAGUGCCAACCAUGAAAAACAAUAUGUCUCAGAAGGUCAGAGACUUCCUGAAGGGGUGGCAUUUGAGCCACUGGUGGUAGUCUAGGAAAGGAAGAGUAAAAUCUGAAGUAGAAAGAUGCUUUGGCUUAAAGUGAUACUUGUUUUAUUAAUAAGGCAUGUGCUGAAUGCUAACAUUGUAUAGGGCAUUUUAGAUGAAUGAAUUCACUUCCUUAAUCAUUUUAGGAGAUUGGUGUAGUGCUAAUACUUCCAUUUUGUGAGAGAGAUAGGUCCCUGAGAAACUUUCUUGAAUUUACAGCAUUAAACAAAGUUGCUAGGUUAACCUGUACUUGGUGAUUUUCUAGAGAUGCACUGUGGUAGAGUCUUCAUCUCUGAAGUGGGGUGUAAGGGACUGCUCUGAAUUAUACUGGUUUUAAAUGAUGUGAAAAUAUUUGCAUAGUUUCUUAGAAUUUCUUGUGUGAAGUAGAAAAGAAGGCUGAAAGCUAAUCGUGCAGGGCCUUGUAGCCAUGUCCAAAAUCUUGAUCAUUACUGUGAAAAGUUACAGAAGCAUUUCAGACAGGAGUAAUACAAUCAAAUGUGCAUGCAGAAAAGACAGUGUAUAAUGAAAAUGGGACCAGAAUGAAAGCAGUUGUAAUGAAACUGAGUUCCCAAGGCGAGGCAUGGCAUAGCAUACCUGUGUGGUAGGAAUGCUGGAAAGACAAAGUGGUAUCAUGUGAAAUGUUCCUUUUAGGAACAUACAACAAGAACAUGAAAAGCUAUUCUUUAUCCCAGUCAAGGAACAAAUAAUUCAAAGGUAACGCAAGCAUAUACUGCUUAAAAUAGAAAUAAUGAUUAGUGUUAGACAUUGCUAACAUAAGUUGUAAAAGCCAAAUCAUUCCUAAAGCAUGACACUACCAAAGAGAUAAAGAGCAUUAAUUUUUUUAGAUAAAGCUUUCUAUUUUUAAAUAAAACCUCAUGAAAGGAAGAUGUAAAUUAGAAUUAAAUACCAACAUUCCUUCACAGAAAAAGACUAGAUGGGUCUAAUUUAAGAACAACUCAUGCUCAAUCUAGUUGUGCAAAAUCUCCAAACUCUAAGCUACCCAAGUACUUGCAUACAUAGUUUUACACUCUGACUUGCCAAUCCCUGCCCCCUUCUGUCAGCUGAUGGGGCCCAAGGAAAGAGCAGGCAAAGGAAACAAAACGGAUUAGUGGAUCGGAUCUAGGUAUUGGAAAUUUAGAUUGCAAAUAGGGAAUAAUUUGCAUAUUGGAAGAAAAUAAAAUGUAAUGUCAGUCUAAUAAAUGACCUCGUUUCUAAGAAGGACUUUCUUAUUUUAACCUCUGAAAUAAGACUGUAUCCUACCAAAUAAACUUGACUUUGUCUCAACAUAAAUAUAAGUUGCCAAGCCCGUUCCCUGGUUACUGACUCAGUGUGCAGUGCAGUCUACACAUUUACAGCCCUAACAGAUUGCAGGCAAGAGCACACUUGAGAAGCACUGAUAGACAUGACUUCUUAGUAACGCUGCAGUCAGCUGGGGGAAGUGUGCACCAGGCAUCCCCACACUGGCUUGCUGAAGUACUGUAUGAGCUUGUCUUCUCCUACCUGUGUUUUAUACCUGAACUGAGACGUGUAAUUAAAGUUCUGAAUUUUUUUUA